AUGGCAUCACGGCAGCCAGCGUUUCCUGAGAAACUGAGCUGAAAACAAUACAAGGCCACAAUGAAGAAGGAGAAACGCAAGAAACGUCGUCGGCAGGAAAUGGCUCGGUUGAGAGCUCUGGAAGCUCCACCAGUGGAGGAGGAUGACAAUGUUUCUGCUAAUGACGAACUUGCAGAGAGAUUGCUGGAGAUAGAGCGCCAAAGAUUACAUGAGGAGUGGCUGCUGAGGGAGGAGAAGGCACAAGAAGAAUUCAGAAUAAAGAAGAAAAAGGAAGAGGCUGCUAGAAAACAGAGGGAAGAACAGGAGAGACAAAUAAAGGCCGAAUGGGAAAAACAACAGAAAAAACAGAGAGAGGAGGAGGAGCAGAAGUUACAGGAGAAGAAAGAGAGAGAGGAAGCGGUGCAGAAAAUGCUGGACCAGGCUGAAAAUGAACGCACUUCGCAGAACCCAGAACCACCCAAGGAUUUAAGGCUGGAGAAAUAUCGACCCAGUUGUCCCUUCUACAAUAAAACGGGAGCGUGCAGAUUUGGUAACAGGUGUUCACGGAAACAUGACUUUCCCACGUCAAGUCCAACCCUUCUUGUGAAGAGUAUGUUUACAACUUUUGGAAUGGAGCAGUGCAGAAGGGAUGCCUAUGACUCUGACGCAAACCUGGAGUACAGUGAGGAGGAGACCUACCAGCAGUUCUUGGAGUUCUACCAUGACGUGCUGCCCGAGUUCAAGAACGUGGGAAAGGUGAUUCAGUUCAAAGUAAGCUGCAACCUGGAACCUCAUCUGCGGGGCAAUGUGUAUGUUCAGUACCAGUCGGAAGAAGAAUGUCAAGCAGCCCUCUCUCUCUUUAAUGGAAAAUGGUAUGCAGGACGACAGCUCCAGUGUGAAUUCUGUCCUGUGACCUGGUAGAAGGUUGCAAUUUGCGGUUUACUCGAAAUGCAAAAGUGUCCAAAAGGAAAGCACUGCAACUUUCUUCAUGUGUUCAAAAAUCCCAACAACGAAUUUAGAGAAGCUAACAGAGACAUCUUCAUGUCUCCAGCCUGGACUGGCUCCUCUGGUAAAAACUCAGACAGGAGGGAAAGGAAGGACCACCAUGAGGAAUACUACAGCAAGUCAAGAAGCUACCACUCUGGUUCAUACCACUCCUCCAAGAGAAACAGGGAGUCCGAGAGGAAGAGUCCUCACAGGUGGAAGAAAUCUCACAAACAGGCAACGAAGAGUCAUGAGAUACACAGUUCAAGAAGAGGAAGAGAAGAGGACAGCAGUCCAGGUCCACAAAGCCAGAGCCACCGAACCUGA